AGCCAAUGGCUUAUGUUUGCGAUGGGAGACCAGACGACCGCACGACAGGGCGUUCGCCCCACGCAACUGAGUUUUGUACUUCAGAUCGCGUGCUGCUCCGCUCACUCAAGUCGCUCCUCUCGCUGUCUCUCUCUCUCUCUCUCUCUCUUUCUCGAAUCCCUCCCGCCCUUUAAUAUUCGCCGCUGAAUAUAUAAUGCACAUUUGCAAAACCCUCAACACUGUUCUCUCUCUGUCUCUGGCCAUCCACCCCCAGUUGGCGCUCAAGAACAAAACCCUCCAAAGCGUUCCAUUUCCUUUACCAAAUCCAGAGACACUAUUCCGCACCCUUUCUUCUUCUUCUUGCAAAGAUGCCCUUGUGCGUUCCUCAGCAUGCGUCAUUCGCAUUCCCUGAACUCAGAGGCCGAAAGAUGCAGAGAUCAUUCGGCUCUUUGGGGAGAGAGUUUAGAGUGUUUGCUGCUUCUUCAAGUGUGAAAGGGGCAUCGAAUGACAUACCAGCGGCGCCCAUAUUUCUCCCUGAAGGACCUUGGAAGCAGAUUCCUGGGGGAGUUACUGCUGCACAGGGAUUCAAAGCUGCCGGCCUGUAUGGUGGAUUGCGGGCUAAAGGAGAAAAGCCCGAUCUUGCACUUGUCACGUGUGAUGUGGAUGCUGUGUCUGCAGGUGCGUUUACCACAAAUGUUGUUGCAGCUGCUCCAGUGGCGUACUGCAAAAAUGCGUUGGACAUUUCAAAAACUGCACGUGCGGUAUUAAUAAAUGCUGGUCAAGCAAAUGCAGCAACAGGCAAUGCUGGUUAUGAGGAUGUAAUAGAAUGUGCAAAUGCCCUUGCUGAGCUGCUCCAGAUGAGGCCUGAGGAAGUAUUGAUUGAAUCCACUGGUGUAAUUGGUCAAAGAAUAAAGAAGGAGGCUCUUCUCAGGUCACUUCCAAAGCUCAUUAAUUCUCUGUCAUCAACUAUUCAGGGGGCAGAUUCUGCAGCAGUGGCGAUAACAACCACUGAUCUUGUGAGCAAGAGUGUGGCAAUUGAAACUCAGAGUUGGUGGAUUCAACAGGUUGGAGGAACAUGCAUAAGAGUUGGAGGAAUGGCAAAAGGAUCUGGAAUGAUCCAUCCAAAUAUGGCUACCAUGCUUGGUGUAAUAACAACUGAUGCAUUGGUUUCCAGUGAAGUCUGGAGAAAGAUGGUGCAGAUUGCUGUAAACCGAAGUUUUAACCAAAUCACUGUAGAUGGAGAUAGCAGUACAAAUGAUACUGUUGUUGCUUUGGCUAGCGGACUGUCUGGAUCAACGAAGAUAUCUUCUUUGGACAGCUGUGAAGCACAACAACUUCAAUCAUCUCUUGAUGCAGUGAUGCAAGGUCUUGCAAAAUCAAUAGCAUGGGAUGGGGAAGGAGCAACAUGUCUAAUUGAGGUCAUGGUAACUGGUGCAGACAGUGAAGCUGAAGCAGCUAAGAUUGCACGCUCAGUGGCUUCUUCUUCACUUACCAAAGCUGCCGUGUAUGGCAGAGAUCCAAAUUGGGGACGCAUUGCAUGUGCUGCUGGUUAUGCGGGGAUUCCUUUCCACCCCAACAACCUCCAAAUAUUUCUUGGAGAUAUUCUACUCAUGGAUGGCGGGCAACCCCUCCCAUUUGACAGGUCUGCAGCAAGUAACUAUCUUAGGAAAGCUGGUGAGACUCAUGGUACAGUUGGAAUUCGCAUAUCCAUCGGUAAUGGGCCGGGAUGUGGAUUUGCAUGGGGCUGUGACUUAAGUUAUGAUUAUGUCAAAAUAAAUGCAGAAUACACGACAUAGAAGAGCAUUAUUCUUGUAGCUUGGGUUCGCAUCUUUUCAAUAAUGUUUCCCUUCUAUAGCUUCAGUGCUUCACGCUUUGCUUUGUAAUUCAGUUUUAUAAUAAUAUAUUAGUUGCAGAAAACUUGUGAACAGCGACAAGGAUGUCAUUGUUAACCUGUUUUUAAAGUAGAAAAAAGGGAGCAAUGGAAUAGUAAGUCUAUGACAUUUCAACACAUUUGAAGUUCCCUGCUUCAGACUUGUAUUUGUGCCAAUGUAUGACCGAUAUAUGUAAAAUGUUCUGGGAAUAAAAGUAAUGGUCUCAACUAAA